AUGCUUCUUCAACGUGCGUUUCGAAUAAGAAAUAACUGUAAUAAACUAUGUAGAUCAGUAACUAUAUCAAAACAGCAGGCCUUGAAGAUUCACGAUGCUUCAAAACCUUUUCCGCCUCCACAACCCACCCGACCGAUUGACAUUUUAGAAAAACAGAAGAAUCCCUUGACCAGCACUACUUCAAACACAAGUGAUGCAACGACAAGUGAUGCAAACAAGCAAAAGAACAAAACAAAACAAUACAGACGCAGUCACCACUUUGAUACAUACGAACUGUUGACACAGUUAGAGCAACAGGGAUUCACCCGGAAACAAGCUGAAGUAUUGAUGAAAGGCAUCAAGUUUAGACUAAGGGAGUGUACGGCUUCUAUGAAACAGCAGUUGCUGCUAACCUCUGAUCUCGAAAAUGAAUCUUAUUUAUUCAAAGCAGCUUUAUCAGAGCUACGUACUGAAGUCCAAGUCAUGCGGCGAAACGACAUGCAAAAGCUUCAGACGGAACUCUCUGUUAUUACACGCGAAGUAGAAGCAUUGGAGCAAAAGCUGAACGAAAGCAUGGCUGAAAUGAAGAAUGAAAUACAAAUGGAUUUGAAUAAUCGCAAAAACGAAACCAAAGAAGAUCAAAAGACAAUGGAGUUGAAGAUCCAAGAAACCAAUAAUAAGUUCACUAUUCGGCUAGGAGAUAUCAGGACAGAAAUUGAAGCAAUACGAUGGGAAACGAUUUGGAAAGGUUUAGCAGGUGUCUUUUUGGCGGGUUUCUCUAUCGCGAGUAUUGGUUAUUUGUUGGCGAAAUACUCCACGCGUAAAGCAGAGCGUUUGAAAUUGGAGAUGGAACGUAAAAAGAAGGCAAUGGAAGAAGAAGCGAAUAGAGCUGGAACAGCUGAUAUGGAGGUCAUAUUUUAA